GUUAUCAAUGGACACGAAAAUCAUCCUUUCAUAGUUUAUAUUAAACUCAUUUGAUUUAAAAAAAAAAAAAAGAAUAUUUAUUGUUAUGGAGAAUAACACGUGGUCCGAGGCGCCGAGUGAUGGUUAUAGUUUGCCGGUAUAUGGACUUACCGAAGGACAUUUCUACACGCUCCAUAUUCCCGCACUAUCAUGUAUUUUCCUUAGUUUUGCUUCCGCGGUACUAACCAUGGUGCUCAGCUUCCGCCAAAAGUCGUACAAAACUUUCUUCUCGUGGUCCAAAAGCGAGAGAUUUGUGGUAUACCUGGCAAUCUGUGACGCUGCUUUCAAUCUGGCUCAUAGCAUGGAUCACCUUCAUAUUCUAAUAACGAAAAACCACGUAUAUCCCAAGGAGUUGUGCGAGUUCUAUGGUUUUAUGCUGGCUGAGUUUAUAACUGCUCAAAACCUGAUGGUUAAUAUCAUUGCAGUUAAUGCAUUUGUGCUGAUAUUACUUAACAAACAGAUUGACUUUGGUAUUAAAGAUUAUCGCUUGUUACUAUGGACAUUUGGAACUCCUUUUAUUUGUGCCACAGUUGCAGGAAUUGCAGGGCAGCUUGGACCCAAUGGAUCAUUCUGCUAUUUUGACGGAGUAAAGGGAACGGUAGCUAACUUCCUGUUUACGACUGUUCCACUGACGAUAAUACUGGUCCUCAACUCCAUUCUCUACAGCAUGACGCUCAGAAACAUAUACCUCAAAGAGAAGGAGCUGAAAAAGACGCUGGGCAAGCAGGCGUUAACAACCAGAAUGAGGCACGCCGCCGCGCGCGCCAUGUCCGUAUUCGUGCUUGUAUUCCUCAUCCAGUGGUGGGCUAUGGCUGUUUACGGACUCUGGUCCUUUAUAGAACCAGAAGCUGUUCCAGCCCCGAUUUAUCACUUGGUAACAACUUUCUCAAACGUUGGAGGAAUUUUGAAUUUCGGUGUUUAUUUAUACAUCAGAAGAAGACUACUUCCUUUUCAGACACCUCGAGUACAAUCGUCGAUUCGCGGGGAAGAAUUCUCUGGGCCGGUGCACUUGUAAUGAGCUAUCAAAUUAUUAUACAUGAAAUGUGAUGAUCAAGAACAGAAGUCAAACUCAAAAGUCCAUUAAAACAAAACACAUUUGGAGAGGAGAAAAACAUCAGAGGUGGGAUCAGGUGCCAAGGAGGAGUAGGCAUCUCCUGUUCUACACCAGUCACAUCCGCCGUGUGUUCCUCCUCAUGAUCGGGCAAA